CUUCUAUAGAAAUGGCACGCGAUCCAUGUCAAGCCAAUUCGGCUUCCAACCGCAAUGGACCCCACAGCAACAAGACCAACAGACACCACGAGCAAUCUCGCUGCCCAUACCCUACGUGACAGAGACCACUGGUGGAGGCUGGAAAACUUCUGAUAUCUUCUCGCGUCUGCUCCAAGAGCGAAUCAUCUGCCUGAAUGGCGAGGUGGACGACUACAUGUCCGCCAACGCCGUCGCACAACUCCUCUUCCUCGAAGCCGAUAACCCCGAGAAGCCUAUAUCCAUGUACAUCAACUCGCCUGGUGGCAGCGUGAGUGCCGGUCUUGCCAUCUACGAUACCAUGAACUACAUCCGCUGCCCAGUCAGCACGAUAUGCAUGGGCAUUGCAGCCUCCAUGGGGUCCUUGUUGCUCGCAGGCGGCGCAGAAGGCCAGCGAUACAUACUGCCACACGCAAGAGUCAUGAUACACCAGCCGAGUGGCGGAUACCGCGGUAAGGCGAGCGACAUUGCCGACCAUGCCAAAGAGAUCUUGAGAAUUCGAGAUAAAUUGAACAAGAUAUACCAGUCGCAUGUCACAAAGAAGAGGACAUUGGAAGAGAUCGAGAAGUACAUGGAGCGUGAUUAUUUCAUGGACGCGCAGGAGGCGGUAGAUUUCGGUAUUGUAGACAAGAUACUGGAGAAGAGAGAGGCUCCAUCCAAGGACGAUGAGAAGAAGUAGGACUCUCGACUAUUCAGCAGCACACACAAGAUUAUGACCUGAAAUAACGGAAAUCAGAAUGUGCCUAUGACCGAUUUAAUGCUCAUUGUUUUUGCAGUAGCCUAUUAUCACCACAUGCAUCGAACCAUGGAGAUGCAUACUUUCCGGCUCUGGAGAACCAUCGACUAUCCACUCCUAGGCAAACGAUAGUAUACAAAGAGGGCCUUUUCCUUCAGUUGUUCUCACACUAGACCGUACCCCCAAAGGAAUUCGCUGUGAUCCAAACGGAGAUGCUAACAAAACACAUGAUAGUGUACAUUCUCAGGAUGAGCUUUGGCGUCACAUAAAUUUAAAAGGAUGAAUUUGCUCGUGGCAACGCUAGCUUGGCUUACUCGGUUGGCAUGGCGUAAACAGAGUAAUCACAUAUCACAUAUGAGCGCGAGCUGGGUCAUCUAGUCUAUUCAGUGC